AGGUACCUCGAACUCGAAAAAAUGCCCCACGUUGAAUUUUAUGGAAUUCGAUUGUGACUCAAUCGAUCAUCGUGAAGCGCAAGGCGAAGGCAGUGAAGGAAGCACAAAGCAUUUUGCACAAACAACAAUCGACAACCCAUUUCCUGGGCAUCCACCCCCACAGACCUACGAUCACUGCUUUGCCGAGUCGAAUCCAACUGCAUACAAAAAAUCACCUGCGAAACUACCACUGCCCACGCCGUCAGUUUCGCACCAUGUCCGAUCAAACCAAUGGUGCGCCCGCUGAAGGCGCACCCCCCACUCCAACACAGCAACCCGACCCGACUCCAAAGGUCGAGGAAGCGUCCAAGUCGGAGAAGCCUGCAGCAGCAGAAAAUGGAAAGCCCCAGAAGGAAGAACAAAAGGCAGGGGAUGCGGCGACCGGCGACAAGAAGCUUACUGGUGCUGAACUAAAGGCCAAGGCCAAGGCUGAGAAGGCAGCCCGAAGAGCGCAAACCAAAGUCAGCAAGGAGGUCUCCAAGGCCGAGGCCGCCGUAUCGAGUUCGCCGCAGCAGCUAGGUCCGGCCGUGUCAGAGGUCAAGGGAAAGCAGAAGGGAAAAGAGGGCGCUGCAGGAGGCCCUGGAGCUCGGCCUGCGCUGGCAAGGGCCACCUCGACAGCCAUCGUCACCGAGCAGAAGAUCCUGAUUCCGGAAUGCUUCAGUCACCUGUCAAUGGCAAAGAGAAUACCAAUGACACAGGCUGAUAAGGACGUGCACCCCGCUGUUCUCGCCCUUGGUCAGCAGAUGGCAACCUUCGCAAUCGACGAGAGUAUCCAGCGUCUCAAAGCAACUCUGUUGGCUUUCAAGAAGGUUAUCCAAACAUACAAUACCCCUCCCGGUCACUUGUUGGCACGCCAUUUCACUCCCCAUGUUCUCAAUCCACAGAUUGAGUACCUCACGGCAUGCCGGCCAAUGUGCUUUUCUAUGGGCAACGCCAUAAGAUGGCUCAAGCUUCAAGUCAGCAAGGUUGACAUGGAUGCAAGCGAGGAAGAUGCGAAGCGGGAGCUGUGCCAAGCCAUCAACACCUUUGUUGCGGAACGUAUCACUGUAGCAGACGAGGUCGUCACCGAGGCCGGCGCAAAGUCUAUUCGUCAUGGUGAUGUUGUACUCACCUAUGGCCGGAGCAGUCUGGUCGAGCGCACUUUGCUCCUGGCUAGAGCAGCUGGAACCAAGUUCUCAGUGUCUGUUAUUGACGAUCCCUAUGAAAAAGCUGGCCAGCAACUCGCAAAGACACUAGCAUCAGAAGGUGUCACGGUGUCGUAUGCCGGUGACUUUGGUGGCCUGACGAACCACUUAAGACGUGCCACCAAGGUUCUCGUCGCGGCCGAGGCAAUGUUCAGCAACGGUGCGCUGUAUGCACGAUCAGGAACCUGCGAUGUUGCUCUUGCGGCAAGCCAGCUGGACAAAACCGUGAUUGUCCUGUGCGAGACAAUCAACAUUACCGAACGGGUUGCAAAUGACUCCUUGACAUAUAAUGAGAUCGACCCGGAAAGAUGUCAAGCCGCGGCCUUUAGACUGCUGUUUGACACGACCCCUGACAAGUAUUUACAGUUGCUAGUCACGGAGCUGGGGACCGUACAACCGAGAUCAGCACCUGAUCUACUAAGGAAGCUCGAGGAGUUCAACUAGGAGGUGGACUCCAAGAAGUAUCCUAUCGCGGUACGUGUCGAGGAAUGUCCGGAUGAUAAGCUAGAAUUAGAGGUAUGUGGUAAGAUCUACAGAGUCUCAAAGCUUGUCGCGUUGAAGCCGUUCGCAAGCUCGAGGUAAAUUAUACGCGGAUGGCUGUGCUUCAAAAGACCAGCCAGAAGCACAGAACCCUGUUGAGCUUGAUGCAGGGCCCUGAGGCAUUAUCUGGAAUGACAGAAUCCCCGCCGUCAUAUGUCUGUGUCAAGUGCUCGGUAAUGCAAGGGUUUGGGGUAGCUGCGAAGUUUUUGGGGGGUCUCCGCCUGGAAUAGCAAAUAUACCGAGACGUUCAAACACAUAUCUAGAGACAGCAAGUGGAAAUAGCACGUUCUGACAACAGUAUACCUCCAUCUUGUGAGAUCAUCAAU